AAGUAGAGGGGGCGUGGCAUGCUUUUGGAGGAAAGAGGCAAAACAAUCUUUUAUCCUCCUGACCGGGUGGCUUUUUGGAUGUCCUGGGUAGUGGUAGCGGCGGCGGUGGAAAACUUUACAUGUAGGCUAGAUUAGAAGUUUAGUACAGAUAAUAUCUAUCAACUCAUGACAAUCCUGAUAAAUGUAUCAAACUCCAGCAAUUUGCACUAAAAUCUAUAGAAAGCUGGUUUUCUUUCUUUGGUUUCCAUUCGCCUUAUCAGAAUAUGGAUACUAGAUAUAUUUUGGAGAAGCCGUCGGUUGGGACAAGGGUCGGUGUCGGUGGUGCGGAUUUUAACUGCCGGGCAGGCCGAACAGUGAUCCACGAGAACCGUGCCCCCACGGUGGAGAAAAGCGGUCCUGUGCCGGCGUACACAAACAGGCCCGUCGCUUAUAAAUCUGUCAUGAACGGCGGCUCCGUGGCGGAGGUCAGAAGAGAGAGAACUUCUCCAAAAGGCAAUGGACUGGUUCUGGGUGGUCGAAUAUUGCAGGACAUGGAAAAGAAUGGUGUCGGGGACCAAAAAGACACUGUUUCCACUGGGAUCCUGAAGAGGGCCAGUCCCACUCACUGCCCAGGCGUAAACAGGCAGGUUUCAGGUGGCUUUAUGCAUUUGGACAUCAGGAACCCAGGGAAACAGGCAGAGGUGGUCAGCAGCAAAAGAGCAGCACAAGGGCAGAAUGUACCACUGACAGAGAGACAUCCCCUACCCUCCACCCACAUCCCUGUCCCCAGAAACAGGAAGCCCUCAGGUCAUGCUGAUAAGGAGGUGAUGGCUGCCACUGUCCUGUCCUCACUGUCCACAUCCCCUUUGGUGCUUUGCCCUUCCUCUGCACCCACAGAGCCAGUCAGCAGGGCUUGGAAAGAGGCGCUCUCAGCUAGCUACAGCAGUUCGACUAGUGGCAACUGGAGCUGGGAUGCCAGCGACCAAUCAGUGCCAUCGACACCGUCCCCACCUCUCACCAACGAUACCAACAAAAACUUCCUGCUCUCGUCCCACGGUGAUGAUGUCAAUGAAGAUGUAACAGUGAGCAUGCAUUUCAUGUUUGAGGACCCCAUACCACGGAAGAGAAAGAACUCCAUGAAGGUGAUGUUCAAGUGCUUAUGGAAAAACUGUGAAAAGGUCCUCAGCACCUCCUCAGGAAUCCAGCGACACAUCCGCACUGUCCACCUGGGGCGAAACAGCGACUCGGACUACAGUGAUGGAGAGGAGGACUUUUACUACUCAGAGAUCGAGGUCAACAUGGACAGCCUGACAGAGGGCUUGUCCAGCCUCACACCCACCUCCCCCACCACAGCUGGUCCUCCGCCCGUCUUCCCUCCACCGCUCACAGAUGUUCUUCACUCUGAACACAUGAACAUGAUUGGUUUGCAGAGCCACAGCCCGACCUUGCUCAGUCAGUCAGCUCCUUCCACGCUCUGCCACAUCCGCACUGACCAUGCCUACCAGGCCACUGCUCCUGUGAAUAUUCCACUGGGACCUGAACUGGCUGGGUUAGGCAGUGGUAAUGGGACUGGGCCUGGAACUGGGACUGGUAAUGGCAUCAGUGUGUCAUGGCAGUCCCCUCCUGUCAUUUUCAAAGGUGGCCCGGGCCCUGUGACUCAUGUUCGAACAGUUAGUGUCGGUGAAAAGCGUCAGCCGGCAGCCAGCGCACACACUGCUGUUAACAAGAACCAUACUUUAAUAACGCCGGCAGCUAAAUCAGCACCAGGAGCCAGGAAACCCCGCGGGGAGGCAAAGAAGUGCCGAAAGGUGUACGGCAUGGAGAAGAAGGAUAUGUGGUGCACAGCCUGUCGCUGGAAAAAAGCCUGUCAGAGAUUCACCGACUAAUCCAGUCCCCUUCCCAUGUCCAUGAGCUGAGCUCUUCCUCACUCAGAGCGACAGAGAGGCGGAGCUCUCGGUGCUGCUUCUUCCAGUCCAGCAGGGACUUCGCCUUCUCUCUUUUCUGUUUCCAAACACAAAGAGAAAAUAAAACUGGUGGGUAAAAAUUAACAAAAAAGAAAUAAAACAAAACAAAACAAAAAAAAAAAACAGCAAGAAAACCUAUUUUAUGCAGGUUUGGAGACUUUUUAAAAGGCAGACAUUUUCAUGCUGUUGAUGGCUAAGUAAAAGAAACAUUUAAAUUAGAUUCUUAACCUUCUGAUUUGACUUUUUGGUUUUCAUUUUCUGUUUUUCACAGCCUCAAAUCAAGGCGUCGUUUAAAGACUACAGCUAAACUUUGUAGUAUACUCUUUUGUUUAUUAUAGGAGCAUCAUGUGAGCUACUGUUUAUGGGGUGAAUCAUGACUCUUUCUGGAGGAUCAGGGGUUAACACCAGAUUUGCCCAAAAACACCUCUGUAGCAUAUCUCUUUUUUUAAUUUUAUUUUUUUAUUGUCACUGUUUAAGGGACUUCAAAGCUACCAAAGGCAAAACACCCGCUCACUUAACAACAAACCGUUUAGAUGUCAGCUCAAUACUGAAUCUAAAAUCAGUCUUCUGCAACCUUACUGGAUAUUGACGCUAUGUUCAAACUCAUAACGUUCAAAAUCUAACAACCUGUUCAUGAAGCAAAUUCCAGCCAGCAAAAUUUUUUUUGCAACUUUCUAAAGAUGCACAAAACCCUCACACACCAAGUGGUACAAAAAGAUUUCCCAUUAACUUUCCAAGAUAUUUUUGAGAGAGGUACACAAUAUAUGAAAUAUAUUUCCCUCUCCUCUUUUGUAUACUUUGAAACCCUAGAGUUAUGCACCUUGAAGAAAUGUCAUCUCUCCGAGUAUCACUGUAACCACAGUGUAUGCCUGAGAGAGUGGAUAGCAAGUCAUUGCUGAAAAUAAACUCUCGUGCGGAGUUUAUUUUCAGCAAUGACUUGCUGAGGCAACUCGUAGUUGCACUGUGCAAUUGACAGAAUUAUAGCAUUUGAUAUUGUCUUUGUUUGUCAUUGUUAUUAAGGUGAGCUGAAGCAGAAUGGCUCAGGUUUCCCUCUGACAACUCAUGUUCUUAAAGAGAUUGUUUACCACAGUGAAUGACACAUGAACUACCCUUUGGAACUUUAACUUGCAGUCUGGCUCGUGUUAAUUGUGUGUGAAGGUAACUAACGCACAAAUUAAAAUCCAGCGAUCACUGCA